CUCUCCGGCUUUGAAACGGAGAUGAGCACCGCCCCCUGGAGUCGGAAACGACUGGCACAUGUUUGAGGGAAACCUGUACCUUUAAGAUUUUUUUCCGAGCUCGUGGAAGGGAAAAAUCAAACCCAGUGGUAGUUUCACCUAACCAUUUGGUGUGAUGAUGUUCAGGGAUGUCCAACCAUCUCCUUUCUUUCAAUCAUCAUUGCAGAAAAUCAAUCGAGCCCCUUCCAGCGAGGACUGCUUCUUUGACCUCCUGAGCAAGUUCCAGAGCAACCGGAUGGAAGACCAGCGGUGUCCUCUGGAGGACUCCCAGAGAGAGUCGGACGAAGCAGCGGCUAACCCUGUCCCUGCCCUGGAAGAGGCACAGACUCAGUCCAUGAACUCCCCGCAGACCGAGGAGCUCUUCGACCUCAUCGCCAGCUCCCAGAGCCGGAGGUUGGAUGACCAGCGGGCCAGUGUGGGGAAUCUUCCCGGCCUCCGCAUCACGCCCAGCAACCUGGGUCACCUUCGCAUGGACGGUGAGGCCCAGGAACCUGGCGAUGAUUUCUUCAACAUGCUGAUGAAGUGCCAGUCCUCCCGCCUGGAUGACCAGCGCUGUGCCCCGCCCCAUUCCGCCCCCCAUGGCCCCACGGUGCCCGAUGAGGAUUUCUUCAGCCUCAUCCAGCGGGUCCAAGCCAAGCGCAUGGAUGAGCAGAGGGUGGACCUGGCCUCAGGCGAAGAAGACCAAGCGGAGGACUGAGCACCAGAUCGCCAGCAAAGCCCCAGCUUCAGUUAAGGCAGAGCAAGCGCCCAGCGAAGGGACUUCUGGAUGCAGCUGAAGAUCUGGGCCGUGGCACUCAGUGCAUUUCUGGGUGGGGUGCACUUUCUCCCCCUGGGGAACAUGGCACUGGCCAGAGUGGCAAGCAGAAUGGGUGGGCACUUUCUCCUGACCAAGGUGCCUUUGGGGCAGCUGGGGGGGAUCGCCAAGUGUGCGGCCCCUUCUCUGCUUGGACUUCGGCUGUGAAAACCAGGCUCAAGAACUGAGGAAGGGGACAGUCUGCACCAAGGAAAUCUGGAUGAGGGCCACGCCUCAAGGGGCUGCUGGAGAGGUUGACACCCCCCCCCCAAAAAAAAACCCAGGUUGAUUUAUGUCUCUGCCUCUUUCAGCAGCCAACUUGGGAAUAUGAAUUGAUGACAAAUCAGUGACUGUGUGUGUGUGUAUGCAAACCUUCUUUUCAAAAUAUGUUCCGUUGUGCCCUUUUAUCUCAGGUGCAAUCGGAUGCUAGUUGGAAAGGUGUUAGGGAGGAGACAGAGGGAAGCAAACAUCCAGAGCCAAGAUGCACGGUUUCUGUUAGCCAGGGGAAAUUGGGCAGGACCUAUAAUUGGGCCGAUGGCCUUUGACUUACGAUCGCAGUUGGGUUCAGAAUCGUGUCGGGUGGCUGUUUUGCUUAGCGACUGCAAUCCCGGUUCUCCCAGUUGCAGUGAUUGGACAGGAUAUUAAGCAGAGUUGGGGAAGCGGGAUUACGGGGGGGUUGGGGAUCAGGCUGUGCAGUUUGCAGAAAUCUUCCCACAGGCCACGCCUGUGUCAGCUGCAGGGCCCAAUGGGGCACAGAAAUAUUCAUGGGCCUUCUGCCUGCCCGGCCAGCUCUGGCCCAAUUACAGGAUCCGGCACCACUUGUAAAUUGCUCCAUGCCGUUCAAUAGUGACAAAGUUAUUCUAAGUCAGGGGUCGGCAACCUUCAACACAGAAAGAGCCAUUUGGGCCCGUUUUCCACAGAAAGGAAAACACCGGGAGCCAGAAAACCUGGGUGGGCAUGGCUAACUCUACGUCGCUCAUUCCCAUCCAGUCACAUGACUCACCGUAGCCACGCCUACCCAUGUUUUAUGGCUCCCGGUGUUUUCUUUUCGGUGCUAGUCACCUUCAGUAUUCUGCAUCUCUCUGGAAAUCGGGUAGAUGGGUGGAGGGAUGGAGUCGCCACAGUUCUUAAAACCAGGUGGGAUAUGAUCACUUCGCUCAAAGCCUGCGAACCCAGCACUCCUGCUUGUUAAGUGAUGGCUCCUCAGGUGGACUGAAUCCCUGGUUCGAUGUGCCAGGGGUGUCUUAGGAAGGCUGGGGAAAUCUUGGGAUUCCCGAGGCAGGAUGGCAGAUGCUACAGUGCAUCACAAAGUUUGUAUCCAGCCCACUAGGGUAGGGAGGUCUGGUGUGCUAGCACACUUUUGCCAUCCCUUCCCAAGCAAGGUCAGGCGUGCCCGGCCUGUGUGCGGCAAGACCUUCUUACAAAGGCUGCCUUGUGCCGCUCUCCCAAGUGGUCUCCAUUCCCAUGAUCCUUCAGAGGUCCUUGAAGUUUUGCAUGCUCAUGGGCCAGAGAUGGGGGUCAGGAAGGACCAUCCAGCACUUCUUGCCCUGGGAAUCCAACUGCAGCAGCUCAGAAAUCCUGGCAACUGCAGUGAAAGGCUGGCUCUUCUUCCCUUUCUCCAUCCCAUCCAUUGACUAUCCAGCUAAUUAACAGAAGGGCCGAGGUGAGGGAUUGUUCUCGUUGCUGGGUGAGUAUCUCCCAAACAAAUUGUCUUCUCAGCAAAAGCCUCUUUGAUGGCAUCCUACAAAACCUCCAGUGGUAGAGAACGUGCCCUGACUCCAAAAGGAUUCAGGGGGUCCCAAAUCCCCCUUCUGGACACAGCCACACCCAGAAAGCCUUUCUCCUCAGAGUCCAUGGGCAGUGAGGGAGGCAUGGCGGCUGCUGGGGCAAACAGCCCCACCCAUUGCUUUGUGCCAUAGUUAAGGGGUCUCCAUGCCGGGAGGCCAAAGUCCCACUUCUCUGCUGCAGAGGGGAAGGUCAGCUGGUGGAGAAGGCCAGGCCCAUCCCUUUCUCUAGGCUGCGGCAGACCAGAAGAAAAAAAAAGCUGUUGCAGGGAUCAUCUUGGCCGGUAUACUUGAAUGUAUCGCUAACUUAUUGUUUUUGAAGUAUGUGUCUCUUGUGAUUUUUUGAAAGGGCAGGUGGGGGAAGAAAGCAAAAAAGUUUUAAUUCUUUCCUUUCCCCCUCAAAAGUCAAAGAGCUGCCAAAUUAAUUCAAAAGUACAGAGAUCUCAGAGGAGAGAGAGAGAAAUAAAAGUUG